GCGGUUGGAUGGGAUGUCAAGCGUCUAGAUUCAUGAACUUAGACAUUAACAAGUCGAUAAACCAAACUUGAUAAAAUAUAAUUAUUUAUAUUGCACACAAAAAGUGAAGAGUUUUGUUUUGGUUAUUAAUAUCGGAUACAUUUAUUUCCUGAUGUGAUUAUUGGUAAAGGAAUCUGUACGCCUUUUCAACGGCGAAGGCAAAGCUGGAUCAUGUCAAAAUUCAACUUCACUUUCAGAAGAAGCGAGAGAAAAGCAUUCAGGAACAUAGCUCAUGGCUUGAUCCCUGCUGCCACCAUUGCUCCAAAGCCUGCUGUUCCCCGCACUCCUCCCCCUCGUAGCCCCAAUUCCUCACCAGAGAGACCCAGGUCUGCUCUUGCAGCUGCUAUAUUGACGUCCUCCUUAACAGGACGCACCUUUGCCAUCCCUCCACCUCGCAACAGGUCCUAUUCUGAGAGCGAGUGCUCCCACGCAAACAGCCACACUGGCUUUGAGCCUUAUGCCAGCACAGCACUUUAUACCAGAGAUCAAUGGCCAGAUUCAGUGGAACUCCGACCUCGUCUGCCGUCUCCACGACCCAGUGACGACGACGAUGAUGAUAAUGGCGAAGAUUUGGAGGAAGAGAUAGAGGCAGAAGUGCAGAGAGAGGAAGGUCAUGUGUACCAGUCCAUAGAGAAAAUGAGCAGAGCCUCAGUGCCACUGGAGAAGGCCUCCAUUCAGUUAAAACUGGAUGAUGACACUGACAACUCUACCUUUGAAAUCGUCUCUCCUUUAAACACUGAAGAUGAAACUGAGAUGGAAGAAGGGACGAGUGUAAAGAAGCUCCCGUUGGAACUACAGACAAGGUCUUCAUCUCACAGAAGCAUGGCAUCUCCAGAUGUGAAUGAAGACCUGAGCACUCGGUCUCAGUCCAGCAGCACUUCGAAGAGAAGGACCUCAAUGAUGAAUAAGAGUCCAGGAAGAGAGAGUGAGAAAGAAAAAUUAGAGGUGAAUGAGGCUUAUCACCGUGCUGUGGAGUUUCAGCAGGAGCUGGUGAAGGAACUGAGAGAGCUUAGAGAACAGAAUCACACUCUGACUGCACAGAAGGAGGUGCUGGAGAGCACGUGCUCACAACAGAACCAGCAAAUCCAGCAGCUACACCAGCAACGAUUACACUCAUCCCAAGACAGAAGGCACUCUCUAGGUGAGAGCUCAGAAUUGCUGAGUUUGAGGCAGCAGGCACAGGAGCUGGUGGAUGAGAAUGAUGGAUUGAAGAUGACGGUGCAUCGGCUAAACGUGGAGCUGAGUCGAUAUCAGGCCCGCUUUCGACCACUCACCAGAGAUGAGUGUCCUCGUAAUUGUGGCCUACCAGGAAAAGGACCUGCUCCUCCCUGGCUGCUGGAUAUGAAAUAUUUAUCCCCGCUCUUAUUGGCUUAUGAGGACCAACUGACCGAGAGAGACCAGCUCCUCAAGUCCUCUGAGGAGGAAUUAAAGAAGUUGAGAAUGCACACAGAGGAGGUGGUUCAGGAGAAUGAGAAGCUUCACACAGAGCUCAGCAAGAAGAGCAGUGUCAGUAAUAAAGAGUGGAAACAGUUGCAGGAUCAGGCAAGGCUGGUGUUGGAGGAGAAUCAGGUGCUCAUAGAACAGCUGGAACUGCAGCAUGAUAAAGCCAAGGAGACGCACACCAAACACACACAAGAAGUGUGUAGGUUGUCAAAACAGGUUAUGUUAUUGGAAGCUGAGAAGCAGAACCUGGAGACUGAGUUAGAGGUUGCACAUAAAGAGCUCUGUGUGCUGAAGGUGAAGCUUCAGAAAGCUAGUUCAGCCCUGGAGAACUCGGUCAGCCGUGUCGAGCACACAACGACCACAGACAAACUCAAAUGGAAGUUGGAAGAAGAGGAGAAGCUGAAGUGUACUGAGGUGGAGGGGCUGCAGGAUCGUGUGGCCACUCUGCAGGGUGAAAAAAAGACUCUUCUUUUAGAGAAAAAUGACCUCAAUUCACACAUCAAACACCUGGAGAGCGAGCUCCAGCUGGCACACCAAGCGAACAGAAAGGCUCAGAGGCGUAUCGAUCUUCUGAAGCAGCAGAUUGAAGAUUCUUUAGAGAAGGAGCUUGUAGCCCACCAGUACCUGACCAGCAUUGUGAUUCUUGCAGAAAAAAUUACGUAUGAGAGAGACCAACUCAUACACAUGGCCUCAUGUCUGGAGAAAGACAAGCAGGGCAUCCUUACCCACAUCCUGGAGGGCACUGUCCGCCUCGGAAAACUUCAAGAAAAGGUCAAGGUGUUCAAGCAGCAGGCAACAGCUAGUGUGUGUGCGCUGGGCCAGCGUUUGCACGAACAAGAAAAGGACUUUGCAGGCAAAGCAGCAAGUUUCCAGCAGGAGAUCCAACACCUGCAGGCUCAGCUCCGCAACCGACAAGAACAACUCAGUGGAGCUCUGCAGCAAAAGAGAGAGGUGGAGAAUGAGCUGGAGGUGGUAUGGGAAGCCGCUGCAAGAGAAAACCAGCAUUUGCAGGACAUUGUGAUGGGCAAGGUCGAUGUCAUGUUGAGCCCUCAUGACUCAUGCCUGUCUCUGGCCUGUAAGCCACAGGAAUAUCUCAACCAAGCAUGCCAUCUGAGCAGCUCAAUAUCUCCUACCUUUAUCAUGAUACCAAAACAGAGCAGUGCCAUGUUCAAACCUGACUCUUAACAGUACCAUAACCUGAUGUCUGAUGAGAAGGAGAGGAAUGGAUUGGACUAAUAUUCUCAAUUUGACACAUGAAAGUGUUGUCCCUAAUAAAGAAUGAGAUAAUUUAAAAAUAACUUGAGUAAGCACUACACAAGACCUAAAUGUGAUUCGAUACUGUAUGCUAUGUGUCUAAUAAUUAAUUCUCUUUCAUCCUAGUCUAUUCACUCUGUAAAGGUCUAAUGCACCCCUCCACUCCAAAUACGAGGGUAAGUCAAAAAGUUCUAAGACAGAUGUUAUAAUUUCAAAAGGAAUUCAGAAGAAUUCAAAAAAGGAAUACAAAGCAGGAAUUCUCCAAUGGAAACAUCGCUUGCAGAAGUGUUUAGACUUAAAUGGAGGAUAUGUAGAGAAAUAGCUUUGUUAUUUUCAUAAAGAUUUUUUUCAUUUGUCUUAGAACUUUUUGACUUACCCUCGUAAUAUCACUCAUGUUGAACCAUUUUCACUCCCCUAAAGAAUAAUCCAUCUAUCCAUUAUC